UGGAUCUGGAGGAGGAUGCUGCGGCAAAUGAUACACAGAGGGCUCAAAGCUUCUUUCUACUGGCUGGGCUUAUUUGUUAGUAGGCAUCCGGUUUUUUUCCUCACCGUUCCCGCAGUCUUAACCAUCAUUUUCGGGUCUACAGUCCUGAGCAGAUUCAAGCCCGAAACGGACCUCGAGAUACUGGUUGCCCCGACCCACAGUUUUGCUAAAGUAGAGCGGAGUCUUGCGAACAGCCUUUUCCCCAUCGACCAGUCUAAAAACAAGCUGUAUUCCGACCUGCACACCCCCGGCAGAUAUGGCAGACUGAUUCUACUGGCCAAGUCUGGGGGAAAUAUAUUGGAGCUCGCCGACCAGGUCCUGCAGGUUCACAAGCAGGUGUUGGAUUUGAGUGUUAAUUACAAGGGAUUCAAUUACACUUUCGCUCAUCUCUGUGUCCUGAGCCAUCAGGAUAAGCGAUGCAUCUUGGAUGAUAUAAUUACGAUAUUCGAAGAUAUCCGUUUAGCUAUUCUGUCGAAUUAUACUUUCUCGAAGGUGCCCGUGAGCUAUCCAAAUACAACCUUAAAGGACGGUCGUGUCUCUUUCAUCGGCCACCAGCUGGGUGGAGUGGCCUUCUCGCCCAACAGCCGAGACCAGCAGGUGAAGUUUGCCCGUGCCGUCCAGAUCACCUACUACCUCCGCAAUCAUGGCCCCGUGGUUCAGGACGUCAUCGCAGAGAAGUGGGAGAACGCCUUCUGCGCCCUCAUCACGCGCCUGUCCACGCUCAGUGAGGACCUGCACAUCCAGUCUCUCACCUCCUUCAGCCUGUGGAGGGACUUCCACCAGACGGGAGUGCUGGCUAAAGGGGAGGUGUUGGUCAGCAUGGUGCUCCUCCUGCUGGCAGCCACCAUCUCCAGCUCCAUGAGGGACUGCCUGAGGGGGAAGCCCUUCCUGGGUCUACUGGGUGUGCUCACAAUAGCCAUCGCCAACGUGACUGCAGCUGGCAUCUUCUUCAUCUCCGACGGGAAGUUUAACUCCACGCUGCUGGGGAUCCCCUUCUUUUCCAUGGGUCAUGGAACCAAAGGAGUGUUUGAGCUCCUGGCGGGCUGGAGAAGAACUCGAGAGAGCCUUCCCUUCAAGGAGCGUGUGGCAGACGCCUUCGCCGACGUGAUGGUGUGCUAUACCAUGACCAGUUCCCUCUACAUCAUCACCUUUGGCAUGGGUGCCAGCCCCUUCACCAACAUCGAGUCGGUGAAGAUCUUCUGCCAGAGCAUGUGCGUAGCCGUCCUGGUCAACUACUUCUACGUGUUCUCCUUCUAUGGUUCCUGCUUGGUGUUCGCUGGUCAGCUGGAGCAGAACCGCUACCACAGUGUGUUCUGCUGUAAGAUCCCCUCAGUGGAGUACCUGGACCGCCAGCCCACCUGGUUCAAGACCAUGAUGAGCGACGGCCAUGACCACGUCACUCACCACGAGGUCUUGCCCUACCACAACCACUUCAUCCAGCACUUCCUGAGGGAGCACUACACGGAGUGGAUCACCAACACCUACGUCAAGCCCUUCGUGGUCAUCCUCUACCUGAUCUACGCCUCCUUCUCCUUCAUGGGAUGUUUACAAAUCAGUGAUGGAUCCAACAUCGUCAACCUCCUAGCCAGCAACACGCCCAGUGUGUCCUACGCCACGACCCAGCAGAAGUACUUCAGUAACUACAGCCCUGUGAUCGGCUUCUACAUCUAUGAGCCCAUUGAGUACUGGAACUCCACGGUGCAGGAGCACCUCACAACGUUGAGCCACGGCUUCAACAAGAUCUCCUGGAUGGAUAACUACUUUCAGUAUCUGAAGGUGGUGAAUGUGAGCGCCUCGACCAAAAGUGAUUUCAUCACCAUCCUGCAGGGCUCCUUCCUGCGCAGCCCGGAGUAUCAGCACUUCAUGGAGGACAUCAUUCUGUCCAAGACAGAUGGAGAUGAAAUGGAGAUCAUCGCGUCCAGGAUGUACCUGGUGGCACGGACCACGGAGAAGACACGGGAGGAGGUGGUGGAACUGCUGGAGAGGCUCCGCCCACUAUCGCUCAUCAACAACAUCAAGUUCAUUGUCUUCAACCCCACCUUCGUCUUCAUGGACCGUUACAGCUCCUCCGUAGUGUCGCCCAUCCUCACCUCGGCUUUCAGUGUGCUCACCAUCCUCAUCCUCACCUUCUUCCUGGUCAUCAACCCUCUGGGGAACUUCUGGUUGAUCCUGACCGUCACCUCCGUAGAGCUGGGGGUCCUGGGCCUCAUGACCCUCUGGAAUGUACACAUGGACAGCAUCUCUAUCCUGUGCCUUAUUUAUACUCUCAACUUUGCCAUGGAUCACUGUGCACCCCACCUGUAUACCUUCGUACUGGCCACGGAGCACACCAGGACCCAGUGCAUUAAGAUCUCGCUGGAGGAGCACGGGGCGGCCAUUUUGCAAAAUGCCUGCUGUUUCAUCAUUGGGAUGUUGCCGUUGGUGUUUGUGCCUUCCAACCUGACCUACACACUGUUCAAGUGCUCCCUCCUCACCGCAGGCUGCACAGUGCUGCACUGUUUUGUUAUCCUGCCUGUGUUUCUAACGUUUUUCCCCCCGUCCAAAAAAAGGCACAAGAAGAAGAAACGGGCCAAACGGAAAGAGAGAGAGAGGGAGCGGGAGAUGAUGGAGAGGGAGAGAGUGAGGGAAAGGGAGGAGAUAGAGUGCAUUGAAGUCAGGGAGAACCCUGAUCAUGUGACUAACGUCUGAGAGGCCGUGUGUCUGUGAGCGGUGAGCGGCGAACGUUGAGCGUCAGCGGGACGGUCUUCAGUGAUUGGUGGAUGAGGUGUUGGAAGCCUUUCCUAAACUGAAGGUGGCCAUGCGGUGUAGCACCUCACAGGGCCCAAGGGGUUAGAGCUGACUGGUCCUCAGAGGGAGGAGGGAGAGAUAGGCUAGCAGCCAUGACCCAGCCAGACAGCCAGCAGCCAUGCUGUCCAGAGUAGAGACCAGACCAGAUCAGACCUACAGAUCAGCUACGCCUUCAAACUGGAUGGGACAGUGUAUAUUAUCUGCACAGUCUGCUCAUGGUUCCCUCUGCUGUUCAUGCAGACACAUGCACACAGCCAGGACGCAACUACAAACGCCUACAUUCACUUACAGUGUUAUGUGUAUGUGAAUAAUACAUCUUAUUUUAGCAAUUGUAAAUCUACAGUACCUUGAGCAAAGCAUGCUAGCAUGACAAUGAGAGACAUGUCUACCUCCAGGAUGGUUGUCAAAGUUAUCUAAAUUGUUUUCUACCAUUUGUCAUAGUAAAUCUGGCCAUUCACUGACAUAUAUGACCACCUUAUAGUAUGAUUAGUUUGAUGAAUGACAGGCAGAAGGAUCUAUACAUUAGAAUUGGUUUGAGAGUACACAGAGAUAAUGAAUACCAACAGUACAUUCCAUUCUGUCUUUUCGGUGAACACCCAAGCGAACAGCUGAUCUGGGCAGAUGGCAUACACUGUGUCCAUUAUGAAAAAUGAUCUUGCACAGUACAAUUGUCAAGAUACAUUUUACAGGAAGACAAGUAUAUCUGCUUUAUUUCUGUUUUCACAUCUGUUCUUAGCCAACAAUUACAGUGGAACUGCAGCAAGGUGCGUCAUUUAAUAGAGUCAUGCAUGUUCUAGAAAUCCUAGCAGAAUGAACUAGGUGUGAAAGGGCCUCUUUUAAAGCAGUAAAACCCAAAGGAUGGAGUACUGCAGAGGUUGAAGGUUGUGUUGCCACACUAACUGGGCUCGGAUAUGGGGUCAUCUGAACAUCAUGGUUGACGAGGCAUGGUUAGAGUGUUUAACACAUUUCAGUGUCACAUGUUCUAUUGGCCCAUGAUUAUGGGUCAUGAACAAAAUAAAUGAUUGGGUGGGUUAAACACGACAGGCUACAUGUUAGGUCAUCAUUUAAUCAGAGAUGCUGUAUAUUAGCUCUUUUUGCUUGUGUGAAAUUCUAUGGUGCCACAUAAUUAGAGAGAAAAACAACUUUUGGGUUGCAGAUAAAACACUUCUUGAUUUGUUUUGUAAAUGUGGACAUUCUGUCAAAUGAAAUCAUGAUGUAAAAGACGUCUUAUUGGAUCUAACCUCACAAGCAAUGUCAUACAUCACAAUUAUUCUAGUUUAAGCAACCAUUGGUAUUCAUAUUCCAAUGGCUUUUAUUGUCCCAUGCUUGAUGUACUUUAGAACUUUCCAGAGAAUAUCAACGUUCUCCUCCAGUAGCCUCUCUACGAUCCAGAGUGGUCAAAAUGUAGUCCCUCUCCCCCUGGGGAAAACCAAGCGCAUUAACUAGCAACGUCUGGAUAAGAUCUCUAUAAGGGCUGAGAAGCACACUCUCAAGGUCAGAUUGCAGGAGAUAGUCAUCACUGACCUCUGGCACAUUAUCUUAGAGUGGCUUGUGGCAUGUGACAGAGUGCCUCUAAUGUAAAAGGAUGUGGCUGUCCUUAGGUUAUUCUUAUUUGAAAGUCAUGACUUGAGAAAGCUUUGCUUUCUUUAUAUGUUGCUUGAAAGGGUUGAGGUACUCCUCAGAAAGGACAGAUAAAGCUAGCAGGGCAGCUGAAGCAGAUUUGUGUGUGUUUGGACCAAAAGUUAGAGAAGCUUCCAUGAGAAAAAUGGUUAGUAGAAUUAACCAUCGUGAAAGCAUCAUGUUGUAGGCGUACAUAUUAAUGUAAAGAAAAGAAGAGUGGUUUAUACUUCAGUAUGAUAGUUCGCUAGUUAUCAAGAUAAAGCCUUUAAAGUGCACAUGGGCUUUCCCAUUCCUCCGUUAGUGAAAUAAAUGCAAUUAAAGGGGUCCUCCAUCAUGAAAUAAUCAUCCUCCUUACAAAAUUCUUUGUCUCAGAGUUAGCAAAGAAUGAAUCUCUCAUGUUAAAAAUGUUGACAAGGUAAAUCCCUAAUUUCAUUUUCAAAUCUCUUGUCUGUGGUGAUGAUUAAUCAUAAGCAUUUAAACCUAAAUAGCCAGAGAGAAUCUGGUCCCUUUGAACCAGACAUAGUUUAGUGAGGUGUAUAGGCUAGCUACAACACCUGCAGCUGUUGGUAUCUCUGUAUUUUGUAAAAGCCAUGUCAUGUAUGUAUAGCAAGAAAGCAUGAACAUUUAAUAUAAUGGGAACAAAAUGCCAAUUGAAAUCAUUGACUUCCCAAAAUGACUGUACGCAUGGCACUGUAAUGUAUGUAUGCAUGUAUUUCAUUUUUGUACAUUUAGUCUGUGUAUCCUCAUUUUGCUACUCUGUAGUAACCUAUUUCAAUGCAUAUUCUAUAACAUCUUGUGCAAAAAAAAAGAACUACAUGUCCUCUAUGUUCAACAAGACAAAAGCCAGAGAAUCAUACUAUGACAUGUAAUAUAAUUGUAUAUGAUUUUUUUUUGUAAGAUUUUAUA